AUGGGAAAGUGCUACACCCAAAAAGCCCCGGUCGACCCCCCUCCUGCUCCUGAUCCUGCUGCUCCACCCCUCCGCCGCCGCCGCACCGCUCCGGCAACCGAGAUGCACACGGAGACCCGUAACAAGAAAUGCCAGUCGACUCCAACAGAGGAGAGUGCCGCCGGUGCCCGAAAGAAGCAGAAACCGGCCAGGCAGGGCGCCGUGACCCGGCAGCUGUCGUCAUCGACGCCGCCGCCGCCGUCCUCUCCGCCGCCCCCCGCCGCCCACCAGCGAGAGGAGGAGGAGGAGGAGGAGCUGGCGACGGCUCGGCCGCCGCACCAGGAAGCGAGGAAGGCGAACGACGGGGCGACGCUCGCCGUCAGGGUGAAGCAGGAGGAAACGGAGGAGGAGAGGGAGGCCCAAGGCCAGAGAGACAUGCCCUCAGUGCUGAUCAAGCCAGAGCCAGAGGAGAUGGAGUGCACGGCGGAUGUAGGUGAUGACUGCCCCCAACCUACAGACCUGAAGGUGAAGUCAGAAUUCAAGACGGAGCCGUCUUCGCCUCAUUCAAGUACGGCCGAGGACCAGACCGAACCCGUCGACCUGUCGCUCAACAAGCCCCGCUCCGCCCCCAAGACGACGGCCGCCACGGUCAACCAGGCGCCCAGUACCGCCGUGUCCCAGCCGGGCCUCCCCGCCACGCCCGUCCCCUCCGCGGUACAAUCCAUAGGCUCCAUGGUCCUCUCUCCGGGUUCUAUCCUGGCCACACAGGGAGCCGGAGGACAGCAGAUUCUCCACGUGAUUCAUACCAUCCCCUCGGUCAGCAUGCCGAGCAAGGUGGGCCAGCUGCAGACCAUCCCUGUGGUGGUGCAGUCGCUGCCUGUCGUCUACACCACCAUGCCCACGGACGGCGUCGCCACCGCAGCCAUCACGGUGCCUCUGAUAGGCAGCGACGGGCGCUCAGAGGGAUCAGUUCGUAUCAAGCCGGGCUCCACGUCACCAGUCGAGUACCAGAGUGACAGCGAUGCAGAGAGCAGCACGGAGUCCGUAUCGGCCUCCCUCAGCGCCCAGAGCAUCGUUGCAGGGUCAGUUAUGGACUUGGAGCCCGUCGAUCCCGAUACGCUAGAUCUGAAGAGACGGCGGAUCCACAUGUGCGAUUAUGAAGGCUGCAAAAAGGUUUACACCAAGAGCUCCCACCUCAAAGCCCACAGGAGGAUACACACGGGAGAGAAGCCGUACCACUGUACCUGGGAGGGCUGCACUUGGCGCUUCGCCCGCUCCGACGAGCUCACUCGACACUUCCGCAAGCACACAGGAAUCAAACCUUUCCGCUGCACGGAGUGCGACCGCUCCUUCUCCCGGUCCGACCACCUGUCUCUGCACCGCCGUCGCCAUGUAAUGAUGUGAACUAGCCUCCAAACCAGUCCCUCAAACCUUCCUCCAAACCCCCCCUCCUGGUUUCUCAGAGUACCCUAACCUCUGCGAUGUUCCAUGUUCUGCGUCCAGGAUUUUUAAACGCGGUCUGCAGUGGGGAAAAAGGGACAAUUCCUCCUUCUCUCCACCUUGAAAUUACAAGGCAACUGGGAGUCUUUCUGUGCAUUUGUGUUCAUGCAUGGUGGAUUUAUUAAUUACCUUCAUUGUGCACCCCAGUUCAGUCCUUUCUCUACAAUCUUGGACUCGGUUUUUGAACAGUGACGGUAAAAAAGAAGGAGGGACUGAAACUAAAGAAGGAGGGACUGAAACUCACUCAGCAAAGGGACAUUUAUGCAUCCAUCCAUCCACCCAUCCACCUGCUCAUCCAUCCAUCAGUCCAUCCAAGGGAGAGGAAGAAGAGUAAGGGACACAAAGAAGAAUGUUGUUCAGUGUUUUUAAAACCUUAUAUAAACGCGGGUGUCACUUCA